AUGGAUCCCAACAAUAACCCUUUUAACACCCAAAAUUCUACUAAUUAUCCUUUCAACUACCCAAAUUCCAACAACUAUAUAUUUCAAAAUCAAUCUUCCAACAAACAAGAAUUUCCUUUUGAUAUUGAAGCUUACAAAAGGCAGUCUGAAAUCGAAGAGAGGUAUAUCAUCAACCGGUUUAAUGAGCGGCGAAAUCAAAUAGAGGGAGGAUAUAAACAUUGUGGCAAGAGAAAAUAUCUCAACAGAGAUCAUACAGCGGCAAAUAAAAGACUAAUUGACGAUUACUUUGCAGACCAACCUACAUACGAUGAUGCGAUGUUUCGUCGACGAUUUCGGAUGCGGAAACAUGUGUUCCUUCGGAUCGUUGGGGAACUAUCCAGUAGUGACAACUACUUCACCCAAAGAGUUGACGCAACAAAAAAAGAAGGUAUAUCUCCGUUAGCAAAAUGUACCACGGCCAUGCGAAUGUUAGCAUAUGGUGUGGCGGCCGAUGCGGUCGAUGAAUACAUCAAAAUAGGAGGUACUACAGCAUUGGAGUGCUUACGUAGAUUCUGUAAAGGAAUCAUACAUUUGUAUGAGCCAGUGUACCUCAGAGCCCCAACUCAAGAUGACCUGCAAAGAAUACUGCGUGUUAGUGAAAUGCGGGGGUUCCCGGGGAUGAUUGGCAGUAUUGAUUGCAUGCACUGGGAAUGGAAAAAUUGUCCUACAGCAUGGGAAGGUCAAUUUACCCGGGGAGAUAAGGGAACCACCACUGUUAUUCUUGAAGCAGUUGCAACUUAUGAUUUAUGGAUUUGGCAUGCCUUUUUUGGAUGUCCGGGCACAUUGAACGAUAUAAAUGUUUUAGAUCGUUCACCUGUGUUCGAUGAUGUUGAACAGUGUUGA